AAAGCUUUAAACCUUCUCUUCUGCUUCUAGGCCCUGUAAAGGAGGGGAAGAUGAAAAAGAUGACCAUCUUUCUGAGAUCCGAGACAAAGACAAUGAGAAAGCCACUGAUGAGGAUCCAAACUAUGCCUUUAAACUCUAUGCUGAUCAGAAUGAUGAGCUGCUUUCUGUACAACUCCAGAAGCUCCUGAAUGACAGAUUCCCUCAUGGGAAUGGCCACAGGGGCUUUAGUUUGGAUGCCUGCAGGAGUAUGAUUGCCUUGGUGGAUCUCGAUCAAAGGAUGACAAUGACCUUUACUGAAUUCUCAAUUCUCUGGAAGAAGAUUCAAGAAUACAAAAAUCUCUUUCAUCGCUCUGAUGUGAAUGAACAUGGAUCCCUGUCUGACGAUGAGCUCCAGAAGGCAAUUAAAGAUGCAGGAAUGGAUGUUAAUGAUGCCAGUGUGGGGCUGAUGAUGUCUCGGUAUUCAGGCUUCUCCACCACCUCUUUGGAGGAGUUCAUCACUCUCAUGUUGCGCCUGGAUAAGAUGUCAGACAUUUUCAAGGGCAAAUCAUCUGAUGGUAAGAUCCACCUGACCUGGGAUGAGUAGUCUAUCAUCUCAAUGUAUAACUAGACCAGACCAAAUCAGAAGAACUGAAAAGAUUCCUGCAAUCAUACUUGCUUUUAAGUCUUAAUGCACCAGCUUUUACAGGGGUGGCCAGGCUUAGAUUAUGUUUUUUUUUCCUUUUGCUUUUUUCUUCCUUUCAAACCAAACCACUGUAGGCCAAAAAUGUGAUCUUUUUUGUCCAUUUCCUUUCAUAAUUUUCAUAAUACAAAGUGUUAUCAUUAUUCAAGUUACCAGCAAUGGCUAGCAAAAGUUCCAUUCAUAAACUAUUAGGGUGCCAUGGUCAGAUAGGUAUACCUGCUAAUUAGUGCUUAGUAACUUUAUAACAUACUAGAACUAGGUUUUAGAGCCAGCUCAAGGGGUGCAGUUUGGGGAGGAGGGGGUUUCAGAGGGGGGGAUUACUUGGGGAAUCCCCAAAGUAUUUAGACCAAAAAAUGUAAACCAUUUUCUUUAUUUUUCCAUUUUUGUUUAAUAUUGUUGUGACACAAAGGGGCAGACUGAUUAUUUGACAGUUAACUUUCCUACAUUCUAUUACUAAGAGGUUGGAUGAAAUUAGGAUCAGUCAAUCAGUGAUCUAACUUCCUCAACAGUGAUCAAUAUCUGUGUUUGAGCAAAUUAUACAUUUAAAAAAAUGCCCAUGUUAAGUAAAACAUAUUGUGAAAUAGGCAUAAUAGUGACUCAGCAGCAUUAAUGGUGAAAGCAAAUAAAUAUGUUCAACUGUUCAAUUCUCUAUAUCUCCAACUUUCCUUUGCAAUGAUUAUAUAGCAAUAAAAAAUGAUACCCUCUGAA